GUAAUGUCCACAUAAAACAGAAGUCCACAGCCAGAAUCCGGUGCAUACCCGGAUAAGCCGUCGACGUUGCCGUGUGCUUAACAUCACUCCUUUAAGUGCAUAUCUAAUCAUCGCUUCGACAUGGAUGACCUAACCAAGGAUCAAAUUGCCCUGUUGAAGAAGGCCUUCGACGCCUUCGACCACGAUAAGAAGGGUAGCAUCGGCACGGACAUGGUGGGCACAAUAUUGACCAUGUUGGGUUACGAGCUCAGCGAGAAAACGCUGAAGGAAAUCAUCCAGGAAGUAGAUGAAGAUGGAUCUGGUCAACUGGAAUUCGAAGAGUUUUGCACGCUAGCCGCCAGAUUCUUGGUAGAGGAAGAUUCUGAGGCCAUGCAGCAGGAAUUACGCGAAGCAUUCCGAUUGUACGACAAAGAAGGCAACGGGUACAUAACAACAGCUGUAUUUCGUGACAUUCUUCACGAGUUGGACGACAAACUGACGCCACAAGAGUUGGACAUGAUGAUAGAGGAGAUCGACGCCGACGGCUCGGGAACGCUCGACUUCGACGAGUUUAUGGAAGUCAUGACUGGAGGUGACGAAUAAAUUGCACAGUGGAUAAUCAAAACGGACAGCGACUACGAUUAAACACAACUCUUGCCCACCAAUGCCAUUCGCGGUUCUUUUCAACAAGGAUAACAACGAUUCAAUCGCGAACACUUCCGGGUCAAAUGCCUAACGUUUCUAAUGUUAAUCAGUGAUAACAUCAACAAAGAAGAUGGAAAUGUGAUUCAAUAAAAAUUUCAAAAAUAAA